CUCUGCCGGGGGCUGCUGAGAAAAAGGAGGGAGAGCAGAGAGGAUGACAUGCAGCUCAGUGAAUGGAGUGUAGUCACAGAUAGAGAGGAGGGAGAGGUCACCUGUGGAUGUGAGCAGGGGGAGGAGGACCUGCACCCAUCAGCCGACACACCGAGGAGAGAAGAGCUCAGCAGGGAGGAUCUGUGAAGGUGUUCCAUGGCAGAGACCGGGGGUCCUGUGUCAGAGCUGAAGCCUGGAGGGGUGGCCGUCGCCCUCUCUGGUCAGCCCCUCUGUGACCCCUCCAGGACCUGGGCACAGCCGCCAGCAGCCUGCAGACCGGCGGCAGGAACAGCCUGCCCCCCCCCCACAGGAGCUCCAUCAGGAACAUUCUGGAAGUGACGGCUUCAGUCUGAGGGUGGGGGGACAGGAAAAAAGCCAAUGUGAACACUUUGUGCCCUAUAAGGCUCCAAGCCCCCCCCAUAGUCUGGCUGAGAAACACACCCCCCAACAUCCAGACAAGGCCGUGGUGACUGCAGCAAUGCCCCCCCCUCAGGCUGGAGGGACGGUGCAGGGCAUAGAGCCCCCCUUCCUCCCUGUACACAGGAGCCACCCAGACACUACGUACAGACCUGUGGCCCCCCUGCCUCCUCUCACAGACACUUGUGGACUCUCUCACCAUGGGGGGGGGAGGAGUCAGGCCAGCCCCUCCAUGUUGGCUUGCAAGCAGCCCAUGCAGCUGCAGCAGUGCAGCAUCAUCACCACCACCUGCCGGGGGGGCAGCAGUGGAGACACACUACCUCACAGCAGGUGUGUCUGUGUCUCCGCCCCCCAGGCCACAGCCAGGAUGGUGGAGGUUGAAGAAAAACUCCCCCCUAAAUGUGAGCAGCCUCUGUGCUGCGGCUCCUACCAUGUGACCUUUGAGGACACGUUUGCAGCGUACUGCCACCCCCAGCCCCUCCCAGCACACCCCCAGCUGCUGCACCGUAUGGCAGGCGGAGAGCCACACUGUGACAUCCAGCGGGCAGGCCCCCCCCCCCUCAGUGAUCAACCACCUCACCCUUCCCCGCCUCGUGUCCUCCGUCAGUGAGACGGGUCUGGACAGCAAACACCUGCGCUGCUGCAGCCUGGGCCUCUCCUACAGCCGGCUGCCUGCACCCCCAGCUCCAAGGCACUUUGGUGGAGAGGAAUGCUGCAGCCAUGUCAGAACCACAACCCGGGACAUGGGGACCAUGACGACCCACAGACAGCUGAAGGAUGUGGAGGUGCAGACGGCGCCGACUGCGACCCCCCAUGUCUUCCCAGAGAUUUGUCUGGCGGAGGAGAGCAGGACACAGACUAACACUGACAGUGAUGGAGGCAGGAAGGGGGGCGGUGCUGCCAAGUCCCCGGUGAAGGAGGUAAAGUGGGAUGCUGAAGGGAUGACCUGGGAGGUGUACGGGGCCUCAGUGGACCCAGAGGAGCUGGGCCUGGCCAUCCAGAAGCACCUGGAACUGCAGAUCAAGGAGACAGCCAGCCACGCAGCCAAGCUGAGCCGCCAGAACACCAGCACCUCCCAGCAGGAGGGGGGGGGCUGUCAGAGGAAGAGGAGCAGGAUGAUGGGCUCCAUCCGGGCCCCAGCCUGCUGCACCACAGCUGUGGACUAACCGGGGGGGGGGGGCUGCUCUGAGCCUCAGCCUGGAACUUAAAGGCAGGAGGAAUAAUCUGCUUCUUUUGAAAUGUGAUUAGUUAUCAUAAUGAAAAGGGGAAACUAUUGUUGAACUAACAGCAGCUUUAUAUUUAAUUUGUUCUAUGUAUACAAUGUCAACUAUUGGAAUCACGACUCGUGCAGCUGUGCAGUGCCAGGGUCAUCAGUGAGCGUCUUCAACUAAACCUAAAGGACACACACACACCUGAGCUGUGUGAGGCAGCAGUCCUGCAAUAAAUAUAUUUGCAACUCACAACAGAUGUGUAGAGAGUGUGUCACCCUGACCCUCCCCCUGAACCGGACCCUCACCCUCUGAGGCUGCCUUUACACGAGAACGAAGCGGGUUGUAUCCGCAUAGUUUCUC